GGAACUUUGCCAUGCAUUUGACCGGAUUUUUUUUGGAGCAUUCAGAUGGAGGGUAAAAAACAGCCAGGGUGUGUGGGCUCCAUAUAUGUGCCAUGUCAUCAAAUUAACAGAAAAUUUGACGGAAACUAGUGGCAAUGACCAUUUUGAUUUGUGGAGGGUAAUCUUAAGAACCAUUAGUGUCACAAAAAACCUUAGGGAUGAAAGGUGAUAAUUUCACAAACCUUAAGGACCAUUUGGCUAAGAUUCCAUUUUAUGGAAGCUGUAUGGAGUUGGACCCAGUGAAAAUUGCAGUUGAAGGUGUGGAAACAUUCUCAAAGGAGAAUUGCGAUCUUAUAAUUGUUGAUACUAGUGGGCGUCACAAACAAGAAGCUGCUCUUUUUGAAGAAAUGCGUCAAGUUUCUGAAGCAACGCAGUAUUGGUCAGGCUGCAUUUGAUGAAGCUCAAGCCUUCAGGCAGUGUUUCAGUUGGAGCUGUUAUAGUUGCAGAAAUGGACGGUCGUG